GGGAUAUAACAGACAGCAAGUGAACGAGGAGUUCGGAGGGUCAAGAUGUGAAAACAAGCAGCAAAUCUCACUGACCAUCACCAAAUGGUCACUCUCCCAAUUGAUGAGGAUGACAAGAUCGUUGGAGGGUACGAGUGCCAAAAGAAUGGUCUUCCCUACCAAGUGUCCCUCAAUGCUGGCUACCAUUUUUGUGGAGGUUCUUUGAUCAGCAACCUGUGGGUCGUCUCUGCUGCUCAUUGUUACAAAUCACGUAUUGAGGUGCGUCUGGGUGAGCACAACAUCGCCGUCAGUGAGGGAACCGAGCAGUUCAUCAGCUCUGCUACAGUCAUCAGGCACCCUAGUUACAGCAGCAGCAACCUAAACAAUGACAUCAUGCUCAUCAAGCUGAGCCGUGCCGCCAGCCUGAACAGCUAUGUGAAAACGGUGGCUUUGCCCAGCAGCUGCGCCUCCUCUGGCACCACCUGCCUCAUCUCCGGAUGGGGAAACACCCUCAGCAGCGGCACAUACUACCCUGACCGUCUGAUGUGCCUGAAUGCCCCAAUUCUGAGUGACACCACUUGCAAAAAUGCUUACCCUGGUCAGAUUACUUCCAACAUGUUCUGUGCUGGCUUCAUGGAGGGAGGCAAAGACUCCUGCCAGGGAGAUUCCGGUGGCCCCGUGGUGUGUAAUGGUCAGCUGCAGGGCAUCGUGUCCUGGGGUUAUGGCUGCGCCCAGAGGAACAAACCUGGUGUCUAUGCCAAGGUCUGCAACUACACCAGCUGGAUCAGAGACACAAUGAGCCGCAACUAGAACCCUCCGAUGUUCUGCCAUUUCACAUUAAUAGCUGGAGUAAUAUUCAACUUAUAUGAAUAAACUGACUUUAGCAAAAUAAA